UCAAUCAAAGUCAGCGCGGAGGUACUUGGCAACGCAGAAGUCUACUAAACAGACUGUUAGUAUUAAACGAAUAGUCAGUAAAAUAUCACGCUUUAGAGUUGCCUACUUUCAACCUUAUAUAUUUGCAUUACAAUGUCCCUCGUUUACAUCACCCAUCACGAUGAGAACAUUGUUGGGUGCGAGCACGAUUUUGAGAAGGCCCAAGGACCAAGGGAAUCCAUUUUUGUCUACAAAAAUCCUGUUGUGGAGAGGGCAGCCAAGUAUGCCCGUAAACUUCGCGAACGCUUGAACGAAGAGGACAAGAAGUUGUCGGUUAUCCUGCAGGCCGAUGGUACCCGUGUCCUGACGGAGGCCAAGAAAUCGGCCCAUCGCACUAUGGGCUGUGCUCACACUCCGAUUGACCCACCGUGCGCCUACUUGCGCAAGAGCCAGGGCAUCAAAUGGCGGCGAGAGAAUACCCACAAGUGUCCCAAGAUGCCGCCAAUGCCUCCACUUCCAACACCGGGCAGUGGCGGCAAAAAGACGACCAUGGUGCCGAAUUUCAUUAAACGCAACCGGAUGUGCGCCGGAAAGACGAUUCCCUGUCCUCCGCCACCUCGUUAUGUAGACACUCCCGUGGGAGCGCGUCACGAUCUGCUCAAUUCCGGAUUGGUACCGCAGUUUAUCUGCCGCAAGGAUUUCGGCAAGGUUCCAAUUUAUCUCAAGAAAACCAAGAGAAUGUUGGCCGACAUGAACGCGGUGUGCGCCAAGGAGCAGGCACGUUUGCUGGAGUUGUGCCGCGGCAUUAAGGGCUUCACCAGGGCCUCGGUGCAAUCAAGUGGUCCGCCGCAAGUGCCGGGAAUGCGGGUGAUGGAGCAGGCCGAGCGCAAUGAGAUCCUCGAGGGACUGCGACUGAGCCUGACCGAGAUGACCAAGCAGUAUCAGUCCAUGUCGCUGCUCAUCGACAGCAUCGCCAAGCGGCAACGCAAGAGCAAGCUGGAGUCUGAUCUUCGCCAGGUGGAGCAGGACAUUCUACUUAUCGAUACCACUCCCAUUAUCUAUGUUUCCGAGUACUAACGAUGACAUUUUAUUUCUUUCCUUUUUUUGUCCAUGUGUGUCGGCAUCUGGCAGCCGAGUGAGGUGUUCCUUUGGAUUCACUUGCUUUGCUCUUAGAGGCAGACACACAAAACACUUGGUAUUGAAGGUUGAGAAUAAAUUUAACGUUUAUGCAUUAAA